AUGCCGCAGUUAAGGUCAGGGAAAGUGGUAACUGCUAGCGAGGUGAAGUCGGCUGAUGGAAUAGUCUCCAGCUCAAGCUGUCUGGGUGCAGGGGUAGGAUGUGAGCCAGGGAAAAAGCUGACAGUGAAGCAGAGUCCUCGCCCGGCACCAAAGAGAAAACCUAAGCAGCCCUUACCUUCCUGUCUGCAGCCUGCCAUGCUUUCCAGCGUUUCCUGUGAGCAUUUUGCUUCUCUUGUGGCCAUGCAGAAGGAUCAAGCAAAGGAAAAAUGGAAAGCAGUUGAGCAAGACUCUAACACACAGGCUGUGAAGAAGCUUAAGACAAAUCAAAACAGAGCAGAAGUUUCCAAGGAAAAGGAACCUCACUACUCUAAAUCUCCAACAGCUGCUACUUUAGAUGGGACUCAAACUAACAGCUCUCUGUGCCAUCCUGUCACAAACAAUUCUGGUGCACAGUAUAAAACAAGGAAACCCAGAAUUGAUCAAAUCAAAUGUUUGCAAAGUUUUAGUGUUACUACAGCUGAAAAAGUGAGAAAGGCAUCUGCAAAAUGUGAUGCUGAACAUCACAGAAAUGCCCUAAACCAUUGUAAGGAGUUGCGCUGUGCAAGAGAAGAGGAUCCAUUUGUGAGAUUAGAGGCCUGUAGUUACAUCAAUACAUUUGUAAAGUCUGCAGCUAGUGGAAUUAACAGCAGCUAUAAAUUAAGUAGAUUCUUCCAUGUAGCCCAGGAUAAAAGCAAGCAUGUUUUUCUUGAUGGUGCUGUAGAUCAGAGUGGUGUGAACUGCAGCACUAGUAGAACACAUGAUGAGAAGUCACUCAUGGAAGGUGGAUUAUUGUCCAGUAAAGAAAAAACUCAAAACAGCGGAGGGUGUUCUCCAUAUUGUCAGGGUGAAAACACUAGGUGUUUUAAGGGAAAAAAGAGGAAUAUUGGCAGAAAGCGUAGAAAAAUGAUGAAAAUCACUGAGAAAUCAGGAGUGCAGAACAUUUUCACAGACAAGGCUAGUGAACGCAGUGAGUGUGAGUUACAGACAGAAGCAGCGGUUGCCAUGCCAAGCUCCUUUGCAGUUGUAGGAUUAAAUAAUAAACAAAUUAAUUUGUCAGUUGAAUGUGUUCAUACAUCAGAUCCUCAUAUAGAAAAAGAUACUCAUGAAGCACAGAAGAUACCUGUCAGCACAAAGAACAGUGCCAAAUUACCUGCAUUUGAAGAUCACUUUAAGACAUCUGAGCUCUCUGCAAUAGCAAAGGGAGACAAUUUGAACAGUGUGGCACAUCAUUCUUCUGCCUCAGGUAGCCUGAGAGUGCUAGCUCAGGUCCAUGAUGUUUCUUACUGUCACAGAAGCACAACAGAUAAAAAAUUGAACAAAGCAAAUAAAUUGCAGCAGUCUACCUGUCAAAGAACAGUACCUAUGACUGGUAAAAAUAUUUGGCCUUUUGGAUCUUGUGCCAGGACUUCUGAAUGGGUUCAUAAAAAUCAUGGAUCUGUUGCAGGAGGAAAAAGUCUUGUAAGGGCUUCCUUGGAGGAAUCCUCUGAUAUAAGCAGUGUUAAAGCUGUAAAAAGCAGUGCUCUGACUAGGAAUUUGAGAUGCCUGGAUUUGCAUACAUCAUUAGCAAAAAAUAGCAAAGAAUCUACGCAUAAAAUAGUAGAUCCAAAUACUGAAUGUCUGACUUCACUUGAAACACCAGAAUGCUCUUCUACAGACAGUUAUGAGGCUUUGAGGAUGAACAGUGAAAAUAAGGAAUCACCAGUUAGUACGGAUGGAAGUGCAAUGGCUUUUGACUAUGAUGAUGUGCAACAAGUUAAAGCAAUCUUGAAUUUUACAACAAAACAACAAAAGAAAAACAAGGGAGCUGUGAGAAAAAGAAACCUGACUGUGACAGUCCAGAAUGGUACAUCUGCAGGUAACAAAAGAAGAAUAAGCUUCAGCCAUAAAGCAGCAGUAGCAAACCAGACAUCUCCUGAUAUAAAGCUAAUCAACGUAUUAAACACUGGAAGCUUGACAAAGUUCAAAAUUCCUUUAUGUAGAAACAAAUCUGAAUCUGGGAAACCGGAAUCUGUCUGUUCAUUUGAAAGAAAAAGCUGUAGUCCACUAGAGCUUCUGGACAGUAGUAGUGUUUCAUUAAGGCAGAAAACAGACAAAGAGACUUUUUUGGUAAGUGCCACGCAGCAGCCUCUUCCUGUUGUAAGUGAUGCUAUGUCCACAGCUUCCAUGAAGAAAAAAGCAGAUGAGAUCAACAGUAAGGAUGUUCACCAUGGUGGCUCUGAAAACCUUUCAGAUGAAAGCUCUGUGCUUCCUGAACAUUUUCCUUUAUAUCCACAUCCUUUUCUUGACAGGCAGCCGGAGUCAUUUGUGCCUGAUUUCCAUGGUACCGAAUGCAUAGGAGAGUGCAGUUUGCCUGAUCGUUCUUGGAAUGCAGUUGACCACCCUGUUGCAUUAGAGAUAAAUGAUGAUAGCAAGUCCAGAGGGAAUCUGUUCCAAUGCAAAAGUCAAAAUUUUCCAGACACUCUUGCAGCUUAUGAAGAAGAUGUUCUUGUUAUUGAUGUAAUUCAGGAUGACCCUGAUCUUUUUGGAACCAAUAAUGAAAAGGAGCUUGCACUUGCAGACUCUGAAAAUUGUCCUGUGAAGGCAUCCUAUACUAGCAUCUGCAUUAAAGAUGAAAAGCAGGAUCUUGAGCCUGAGUGUCCUGUUACCUCACAAAGUAGAGAUUCAGUAGAUGAUAAUUUUAGGCACACUACCAUACAAGAACCUGGAAUGUCAAACAAUACUGAAAAUUCCUGUGAUUGGUUGCUAAAAGCUAAAGUUGUUAAACCCCACAACUCCCCCAGAGCAAGCAGUCCUUUGAGAGUUGUUACUGGUGACUUUAUUGAAGAUGAGCAACUGAGAGAGCUAGAUGACCUUUUAAAGAGUUUUGACGUGGAUGAAAAGUUCACGUUUGCAGAUGGAGUGCCUGAUGUUAAAGAAGAAAAAAAUGGUGAAGCUGAGAAAAGCAGUGACUGUGGACGCAAAGAUCUUGUGAACUGUGAGUUGCUAUCAAGAUUGCCAUUGCAUGCCCCCAAAGUAAAUGAACUCAGUGAAGCUACAGGGAUGAAACCCCAGACAAAUGGUAUCGAUUCUCAUUCAGUCCAGCAGAUACUUGAGAUGAUUGAAUUACCCCGAAAAUAUUGCAGAUUUUAUUUCAUGACUUUGCGUGGAUGUGAAAGAGCAAAAUGUUGGUUUUGGCACAUUCCUGAGCAAGGGGAUGAGAAGAUUUGCAUGGCAAUACUUAGGACAUACAUUAGUAUCAGAGAAUCAGGCCUUCUAAAACGUGCAGUCGAAAUAUUUGUGAAAUACUACAAACAAGUUACUCCUGGUGUGGAUUUUGCUCCUCAAGUGCUGAACGAUCUUCUUAUUUCUUUGCUCGAGAACUGUUUGUUGCAAGAAGUGUUUCAGAUAUUGAAUGUAACAGUACGGGUCAAUACACUGCCAGCUGCAGAAGUUCUUCUGAAAGUUUUUGAGCAUGUGGCUUCUUUGAAUAUAAGAGAUGCUCUGCCUGCAUUGAUGAGUACCUUUUGCAAGCUCAUUGAUGCUGGCAUGUUCCUUGAGUUUGAACAUUUUGAUUGUAUUAUUAAGUUCCUUCACCAACUACAAGUUUCCAAUGAGGAAUUAAACAUUGUUUUGAACAUAAAAUCCAGAUUUCAGCAAAGACAUUUUGAAAAGAAGUGGCUUUUUGACUUCAGCUUGGCAGUGGCUGAAAUUCAGCAUUGCAAGGAAAGAAGUGAUUGGACCAAGCUGGGAGCUUUGUAUGUUAAUGCAAGAACUGGGUGUGAACAUUUUGAUGAUCUUCAGAAACUGUCUCUAUGUAUUGCUGAAAUACUAAUCAGAGAUUCUGAGACAGACAGACCAGGAGUUCCUUUUUGUGAUUUUGCUGAUGCAGUAAUAAGAAAAUCACAACAUAAUGAAGCAGACAGAAUUUUCAUUGGAAGGAUUGGCAUAAGUGUCAUGUAUGCUUAUCACAAAGUACUGCAGUGGAUCAAGGGAAGGAAAGUUUUGGAUAAAUUGUACGAGCUACAGAUACAUUUUACAGUCUUGAAAGGGCUUACAGGUGCAGAAAGUUCAGCAUCAAGAUGUCAAAUUGUUAAUAAAGCUGCAGAAAUCUUUCUUAAAACUGGAAGCUUGGACGGAGCGACAUGGGUACUGAGAGAGUCAGAGUGGACCACAAAUGCACCACUGUGGCCCUGUGAUAACAUGGACAUCCUCAAUCGCCAUAAUCUGUUAUGUACACUAGUGCACAAAUACUUGAGGAAGAGUUUAUACAGGGAGGCAUUUGAAGUUCUGCAGAACUUGCCAGGUUUUCACAAUCGUUCUGAUACUGUAAAUGUUUCUCAGUACAGCUACCUUUUUAACAAGCUGAUCAAUGCCUGUUUUGAGAGCAGGAACCUUGGGGUCUCAUCUUCUGCAGUAGACUUCAUGCUUUCAAAAAACAUAGCUCUUGAUUUGUUUUUACUUAGAAGAUUAAUCACAGCUUUGGGAAGAAGUUCUUUGUGGUCUAAAGCUAGGACCUAUUACAAAAGUGCUUUGUCAAUGGGUUGCUACCCACCACUGCAGGGAAAUUUAUAUUACAGAUGUUUGAUGAUUCCAUCUUUCCUGUCUGAGGUUGAGAUGCUGUUGGCCAUUGAAAUAUUUCUUGUUUCAAAUGCCAGUGAUAUUCAAAAUCCAAUGGCUACUAGUCAGACUCUUCAAAUAAUACUGAAAAGGUGUGAGGAUCAGGCGGUUCAGAGCAACAGCGACUAUCAGGCGGCGGUGGAGAGGCUGAUACUGGCUGCUCGUGUGUCUGAUCCAAAGCUUGUUCUUAAGCACAUGACCAUGAACAUUAACAUGGAGGAAGUUUACAGCUUGGAGCUUACAUCUGCUCUAAAAUGGCUUCAGGAGAAUAUGAAAUGGGCUGGGAAGGUCUGGCUGUUCCAAUAG